AUGGCUCCAAGCGACGAGUCAAUGUCAAAAAUCGUCGAAGACGUGCGUCUGGAGGCGGCGAGGCAGAUAAAAUCGAACGUCAAACGUCUGGUUCUUCUCGUGAGUGCUAACUAUAAGUAAACCGCUUCAAUUUUCUGGAAAAUUGAUUUGGCAGGGCGGACCUGGCACCGGGAAGACGUGGUUUCUCAUGCGAGCGCUCAUCCACACGUUCGAGACGCAGGAGAGUGCGAAGAUGAAGAAAGCGUAUUGUUUCUUUCGGAACGAGGAGGACUACCAGUCUUUCGAUUGGGAGUUUCAGAGGAACGAGUACAAACUGUUCCGCGAGACUUACGCCAAAAAGGGGCAGAUUUUGAGGCCGUCGGAGGUUGUGCAAGCGUUGAGGGAAGAGAAUGGCAGCAAUCCGCCCGCCGAGUUCAAAUGCCCAAAGGUAUUUUUUAAUAUAUUUUUCUAGUUUUACAAACGGUUUUUCAGCUAUUCGAUGAGUGCAAGAUUAUGUUCAUAAUUGUGGGCAUGAGAGACGCUCAGCUUUGGAGUUAUUUGGUCAAUGAGAAAUUCAGAUUGGAUGUGAACAAAAUCUUUCUCGCCGGUCAGUUGUUGACAAGUUUCAAAGCUUUUUGAGUCGAGUUUGACCGCAAAAAUCAGGAGAAAAGCGCUAAAUGGAUCGCUUUGCAGAGGAUGUGAACGCGUGGGACAAUCUCUCGUUCAGCUGGCUGUUCGACACCAACAUCCAAGUGACGAAGGCGAUUUUCACGGUCGACGAAGCCGCCGGAUUCACCGACGCCCAUAAGAUUCUAUUGAAGCGCAUCAAGGACAAGGCGGAGGCGGGAAGCCUACAGUUGUGCAAUCUGCCGGCGUCGGAUCGAUGCGAAGAGGUGUUGCGAUGGAGUUCGCUCUACAUUUACAAUACUCCCGGGUUCGGAGUCUGCGGAUACAGCUGGUUUCCACGAACCGCCAAGAAUCCGGCAGUAUGCACACAGGAAGAGAGGCGGUGCGUCUGACAAUAGUGCAAAAAGUAGGAAAUGUUUCAGAGAAAUCAUGUCGAGCCAUGCGAUCGACAUUUUCGAGUUCAUCGACACGGGAAACGUGUACGGUCAGAGCGGCACGACUAAAGAGGACAUUGUGAAUGUGGAGGAGGCGAAACGCGUCGUGAAGGAAGUGAUUGCGUUGCAAGAAGCCAAGAACGUGGAGCCCUGGCAGAUUUAUGUAAUUGCCGAUUUUCCCAAACAGGUUGAAAAACUCAAAGAGUUGCUGGCAGCGGCGGCGAAGAAACACAAGAAAGACGAGCGAUUGAGCAAGUUGAACGAGAUUCCGGUCAACUCUCCGGCCUAUUUCCGUCGUCAGGCCCGCGCCAAAUACGUCUUCUUCUCGAUGACGCUCGCCAAUCGCGACAGUCAGUUUCCGCGUACAUGUUCUAUGGCAAAUCGUGGUUUUGCAGAUAAUUUUGGCGCCCUUUUCCCGCCUCACGUCGUACAUGUCGUACUGACACAGGAUCCGUUCGAGAGGGCAAUUUGGGUGGGGAAAAAGAGCAUGCUCGCCGAGAAUCCGCUCAAGAUCUACCAGAAUGUUCUGCGGUGUGCCGGUUUUCCCCCGAUCUUUCGUUAAUGUGCCUUUUUCAGGGCACUCCAGAAUGAGCCGAUCUCUGACGAUUCGCUGCAGAAGGACGCGCUGGCCACGUGGCUUUACAAAAUGGAAACGGACGGGCGUGGCAGAACGGAUGGGUAGGAAUUAGGCUGACGAUCGCUUGCAUUUCAAAGGGAAUGCGCCGUGUUUUUGCAUUCUGAUCUCCGGCGCAAUCGGAACAAUAGAAACACUGAAAUUUGUUUUGCGGCUGAUAAACUAGGCUCCGGAGAUCACAAGAUUCUCGACAGAGCGCAUUUACUUCGAAAUGUCCCGCAAGUAUUUGAGAGCCGAAAUCAACUCGUUUCAGAGAGUUGCCGGCUAAUGGAAUAGCCGUGUACAACGAACGGAUUCCGUGGAUUGGCAAAUUCCGGGUACAGCAGAUCGAGGCGGGCCCACCACCCCCACCAGCGGGACCUGCUGACGCACCUAGUUUAUUGACUCCAGAUGCUCAGCCGAGAAAGAAGCGUGGCGCCGGAGUUGCCGCUGCGAAACCCGCAGGACCUACCACGCGGAAGCAAAGGUGAAGAAUCUCUUUUUCUUGUGUUUUCUGAAUGAAAAAUCGGUCAGAACGGUUCAAACUGCUACUCAACAAGAGUCGGAGCACGAAGAAGAGCUUGAAGAUGAUGCAACAGAAGCUGCGGAUGCCGAUUCUGCCGAACCAUCAUCCUCUGAUCCGUCCGGUCCAGCAGAAGCUGCUGGCUCUCCCGAUGCUCCGCCGAAAAAAAAGCGCGGUGCCGGAGCUACCACGCGAAAGCAGAAGUAACGAAGAUUCUGUGCGCUGUUUCCUAUGAAAAUGUUUUCAGAGCGGUCCAAGCUGCUGCUGAACAAGAGUCAGACGGUGAUGAAACCGCUGUGGAGGGGCCCGACGCCGCCAAACCAUCGGCCACUGAUCCUCCGCGCCCGGCGAUUCCAGCAGAUGCUGCUGCGAAGAAAAAGCGAGGAGCUGCUGCAAGAACUGCCCAAACUACCACGCGCAAGCAAAAGUAACCAAGGCUUUGCUCCCAUUUCCCAAGAAAAACUUUCAGAACGGCCCUAGCCGCUGCUGAACACAAGUCGGAGAAUGAGGAGAUGGAGGAAGAAGUUGCGGAACCGUCCACUUCCGGAAUUCCCCGUCCAGUGUCCGCCGGUGCUCUGCGCUCUCCGUCUCCGGACGUUCCCGCCAAAAAGAAGCGAGGUGCCGCUGCAAAGAAUGCCGGCGUUUCGACGCGAUUGCGAAAGUAACCAAAGUUUCGGUCCCAUUUCUCAAUGAAAGCUUUCAGAACGGCCCUAGCCGCUGCUGCUGAACACGAUUCGGAAAAUGAAGUGGAGGAAGAAUCUGCGGAACCGUCCGCUUCAGACCUCCCCUGUCCAGCGCCCGCCGGUGCUAAACGGGGCGCCGGAGGCGCUGUUGCAAAAACUUCUGGAACCGCCACGCGAAAGCAGAGGUAACCGAGGCAUUGCGUGCUUUUCACUAUUGAAAAUCAAUUCAGAACCGCUCAAGCACAAACUGCGGCCGAGCAAGAGCCAGAGACCGAGGAAGCCGUUGCGGAUGAGCCGGCCGAACCGUCCACUUCUGCGGCUCCCCGUUAUCCAAAACGCGGACGCAAUGCCAAAUAA